UAUAUAAAAUGGAUUUAUUAAUUACAGUCAUUUUAGUAAUAAUAAGUCUAGCCACGUUUAUUUAUAAUUAUUUCCAAAAGAAAUUUUCCUAUUGGAAAGACCGUGGAGUGGUGCAUCUUAAACCGUCAUUCCCGUUGGGCAAUCUAUCUUUAAAACAACCCCAUUUUACGGAAUUUAUGGUUGAUAUCUAUAAACACAAAGGUGAAACCUCUCUUGUUGGUAUCUACUUCAUGACAAAGCCGAUCGUAAUACCCAUCGGGCUUGAUCUCAUUCAGAAUAUUUUAGUGAAAGAUUUUAAUAGCUUUCAUGGUCGUGGAAUGUACGUGAAUGAAGUGGAUGAUCCCUUGUCUGCACAUAUGUUUAGCUUGGACGGUGAAAGAUGGAAAUUGAUACGGACCAAGUUAUCCCCAACUUUCACUUCCGGCAAAAUGAAGAACAUGUUCUCUACGGUUGUAACGGUAGCGGAAAGGUUUGUGGAAACUUUGGAUGAUAUUAUAAAGCUAGAAUCCCAGUUGGAAGUGAACGAUUUGCUAGGACGAUUUACAACUGAUGUUAUCGGAUCUUGUGCAUUUGGAAUUGAGUGCAACAGUUUGAAAGACCCCAAUUCUAGAUUUCGUCACUAUGGAAAGAGAUUCUUGGAUGAACAACCUCUGCCACUUAUCAUGCAUAUAAUAAUAGUACUAUAUCCCGAUUUGGCACGAAAGUUACACAUCAGAGCAUUGAGGAAAGAUGUUACCAAUUUCUUUUUGGAUACCGUGCGCAAAACCGUCGAAUAUCGCAAAGGAAACGAUAUUCAACGCAAUGAUUUUAUGGAUUUACUCAUUCAAAUGACCAAAGAUUCAAAUGAAGACGGGAAGCUAACCUUAGAACAGAUAGCUGCGCAGGCUUCCUUGUUUUUCUUCGCCGGUUUCGAAACUUCCUCUAGUGUUAUGACAUUUUGCUUAUAUGAAUUAGCUUUAAAUCAGGAUAUUCAGGAAAAAGCGAGACAAGAAAUUGUACAGGUUUUAGCGAGCCAUGAUGGGAUACUUACAUAUGAAGGAAUGCAGCAAAUGACCUAUCUUGAGAAGAUAAUAAAUGAAACUCUUCGCAAAUAUCCUUCAGUUCCAUUUCUAAUAAGGAGUACCGUCCGUGAUUAUACAGUGCCAGAUUCAAAAAUUGUAAUCGAAAAAGGGACGUUGCUCUUCAUUCCAGUUCACAGUAUACAGCAUGACCCUGAAAUAUACACAAGCCCUGAACUAUUCGACCCAGAACGUAUGUCUGCAGAACAAAUUAAAAGUCGGCAUCCGAUGUCCUUUUUAGCGUUUGGAGAUGGUCCAAGAAAUUGUAUAGGAAUGCGUUUCGGAAAAAUGCAAACUAAAAUCGGUUUGAUAGCUUUAUUGAAACAUUAUCGUUUUUCAACAUGUUCAAAAACGCCAAAUCCAAUACUUUUCGAUCCGAAGAAGGGGGUACUAACGUCAAAGGAUGGUAUAUUUUUAGAUAUUAAGAAGAUUUGAACAGAAAAUAUUUAAAUUUUAAGUGAUUGGUGAACAUUUUGAAAUAUUCGAUUUCAAAAAUCACCUAAUA